GGCAGGUGAGUUAGGCUAGGAGCCCCCAGUUCAAGAUGCUUAAUUAAAAUAUUUUUUGGAAAAGAUUAAAUGAUGGUAGAAGUGACUGUUUUUAAUGAGGAGAGAGAAUAAAGUAAUGAUGGCAAUAAGUGUUUUGUCAUUUUCAAUGUCUGAAGGGGCGGUUUGAUGUGAUUAGUAGUGGGUGUAGUGGAGUUGAAAGGAUUAUGUAACUCUUAGUUAGGUGUAUUUGAAAAACCAAGAGUUGGGGCUUUGUGGGUCAGUUUUGCGGUUUGAAAGUAAAAUUGGGUUUGAAGGUUUCGAAACAGAGGAAAAAUGAGUAAAAGAGGUAUGUGAAGUUUCUUUCUUUUGUCUUCUUAAAAUUCAAUUCUUGGCUCGUUGUCUGUUCCUCAUCUUCUUCAUUUCUGAGUUCGAAUGGGGUAUGAGAGGGAGACUGAAAGGGAGAUAGAUUGGUCUGAUGACUGGGUAAACGAGGACGUGAAGGGUCGUGUUUCGUUAUUUCUGGAUGUUGAUGCUGUGAGUGGCAUAGACAAGGCUAGAGUAGUGAGGGCUGGGUCUGGAGUUCGUUUGGAGUUAUUGCCAUGUUCAGAGGAUGAUAGGGUUUACCAGAAAGGUGAAGGUUUUGAAUAUUUCUUUAUGUAUAGCUGUGUGUUGGAGGAGCUGAGGGUGAGGGUUCCGUUUAGUGAUUUUGAGUGUCAAGUGUUAAAGCAGUUGAACUGCGCUCCUUCCCAAUUGCAUCCCAAUGGAUGGGCGUUCCUACGUGCGUUUGAGAUUCUUAUGGAAUUUCUGGAAGAGAUCCCAUCAGUGGAGCUGUUUUUCUCCUUAUUUCAGGCGAAAGGCAUGUGAAAAGGCGGAUGGGUAAAUCUGAAUAGCUCGCUGAGGUUUGGCAUAUUUAAGUUAUACAAGUCUUCUUUUAAGAAUUUCAAGGAAAUGUAUAUUAAGGUGAGCAAUUCUGAGGCCGAUUUUUCCUUUUAUUUGGACGAAAAUCUAGGGAAAAAGUUCCCUCUUUAGUGGUGUUCGGAGCCGCAGAAUAUUCUGGGGCUUGAAGUUAUAACUCCAAGGGAUGAGUACAUAAUUGAGUAUUUGACUGAAGUUGUUGAUCGGAAGGAAUUGAUUUCAGUUUAUGACCUGUUGCAGUGGGAGGAGAAUAAAGAUACUGUUAUUGCUUACUUGGGUAAGGAUUGGAAAGUUGUUUUUUGUAUCAUGUUUGAGGUUUUUUGAAAUGUGUGUUUGUUUUGUUUUCCAGGGGGUAAGUAUCCAGGUGUUUCUGCUGCGAGUCUGAGAGCUCGGGUGAAGAGCAAGGGUUUUGAUAAGGAAGGGUCUACGUCGAAGGCAGAAAAGAUCGGUACUGGCGAGGUUGAUCAGCCAAAGCCGAGAAGGAAGAAGGUUAUUGCUAAGAAGAGGAAAGGUGACGUGGUCGACUUGUCCGACGUUUCUGAUGAUGAGAAAGAUGAAGUGCCGAUUGAAGAAGUUCGUAAGUUUUUUGAUAAUCAAAAGAGGUUGCAUGGGGUUGCUGAACAGACUGAUUCCUCGUCCUUAUGGGGGAGGGAUUACCCAUACAUGGUUAUUGCCGAUGAGUGUUGUCAAUCGUCGGCAGAUAUAACUCUGGCCGACGAGGUUGGUGAUGUGGCUAUUGAUCAGUACAUGCAGGUGGUGGGAUUGCGGCUGGCGAGUUUGGGGCGUAGCCGUGAAAAAAUACAUCGGAAGUUUGUUGAGAAGAAGGAGGAUCCAAGCUUUAGGGAGGAGUUGGCUUUAAAGACUGCUAAGAUCUCGGAACUAGAGGUGAAGUUAGCUGAGGUUGAAAAAUAUUUGAAAGAUGUGAAGGAUAGCUAUGCCAAGGAUGUUGAAGAUUUAAAAAAGAAGGAAGCUGACUUAUCUGCUCUGAGUGCCCGUAUGAUUGAGGUUACCACUCAAUUGAAGGAGUUGGAGAAGAACAAGCAAGGAGAAAUUCUUGAUUCCUUCCUUGAAGGAUUUGAGAGGGCGUCUGUCUAGGCAAGAUUCUUAGCUCCCGAGGUGGACUUUUCAGCGAUGGAUCCAGGGAAGGUAAUUCAGGAUGGUGUAAUGGUCGAAGAAGAUGGUACUGCUGAGGAGGGGGAUGAGAAUAUUCAAUAGGGUUUUAACUUGUUUUUUGUUGGUAGUUUAAUUUUGUUUCGUAAACUAUUUUGCUCUUGUGAUAGGCUUAUGACUGUUUAUGUGUAGACAGUUUAGUUGGCUUUUGUUAUUGUAACUGAUAUUUUACUACUGUUUUUUGGGAGAGGACAAACUUGGUUGUUUCUGUUUGCAUGUUAUAAUAUAAUAUUAUUGCUGUAUGAUAAGUUGGUUUUUAUCUGGAAUGUGAGUUUGGGUUGGAGCCAAAUUUUUUAGGUAAAAUUUGUUGCAAUGGUGAAAUGUCAUUAAUUUGAUUGAGAAAUGUUAUAGGUAGGCUGAGUGGCCCGAGUUUUGAUGCCGGUUUAUAGGCGUGAUAAUAACUGUAUCAGUGAUCGGUAAUGAUUUUGAAUUAGAUCGGCUAUUUGUUUUGAAUAAUGUUUUCCGAAUAGUCGGGUUCAGAUUAUGGUGGGGUUCUGAAUGAUCGGCUUCCGAUUUUUGGAUCGGAUGUUUGUGUGAUUGAUCAGCUUAAGAUUGAUGAUUUGUUUGAUUGAAUGAUCGGAUUCCGAUUUAGAUCGGAUUUUUGUAUGUUUGAUCGGUUUU